UCUGCGACGAGCGAUGAUGAAAGCCCGGAGAUGUGGAAUCAGCUACCGGAGCUGAUAUUGAGCUUAAUUUUUGAUUAUCUCAAUUGUCAAGAUCGUGCUAGUGUCGAUCAAACAUGUCAAGCAUGGAGUCAUGCUUUAGCAUCGCCAUCACUUUGGAAAUCCAUUAGAAUUAUUAUUGAUAGAGAUUUGAGAAUUUAUUAUCCAUCAACAAGAAAUUUAUUGGCUAAGUAUGUUCAACAUAUGAGACAUUUGGAAUUAGCUUGGUCACUACCUUAUACUCUACCGCGAGAAGCUCGAGUUUCAUUGAAUAUUCGAGCGAAUGAUAGCAUUGACUUUUUGGAAGUUAUUAAGAAUAAAAAUGUUCAACUGGAAAAACUUAUUCUUACCGACUGGUAUUUCGGAACCAACUGGAAUCAUCGAAGCAAGCUUGUGAAUGCCCUAGCGCGGUUUUUGAGAACUCAACGCAAAUUAAAGCUGUUAAGUUUAUUAAAUGCAAACUUGGGUGUUGCUGACGUUUUAAAGGUAUGUCGAGCUAUUUCUUGGUCCUGUGGAAACGUACUUGAGUAUUUAGAUAUCCGAGGUGCUUUUCGAGAUUGGCAGGCGCCGCAUAGCAACUCCAGAUACAUACGGUAUCUUAGUCGACUUCAUGUGCUAACAACAUUCCAGCUCGACUAUCCUGCAUUAUCUGAUGAAGUGCUUAAUUCAUUAGCUAGCGCUGCAUCUAACGUACUUAAGAAUUUACAUAUCUCGAUCCGUGAUUCACAUUCUCGUCAACACACUGUUGGAGAUGCAGCUUGGAAUAAUCUAGUCGUUGCUUGUCCUCAGCUCACGGUUUCCUAUACAAUAGUAAAUAUCUCCCAUUAUGAAGAUAUAUCUUACCUUCUUCUGCCAAGCAUCCCUCUUGCUUGCUUUUAUAUGUAUGGAGGCCACGUUUGGGAUCAAAAUCGAUCUCGAAACUUUAGAAGUACAGUCGGACUUCUUAUAACUUAUUAUCCAAACACAUUGGUCGAAGUUAUGCUGCAAAUCAGAAAUAACCGUGAACUCCUUGACGAUCUACUAGUCUUUAUGAUUCAACGAUGUAAACGAUUAACAAAACUUCAGUAUGAUGGAAUAAUCAGAAGUUUAGAAACUCUUCGGUAUAUCUUUCAACUCCAAGCUGAGAGGAAAACCAAAUUCAAAACCAUUCACAUAAAACCUAAAAAUAUCAACACACAAAAUCGAGCUAUCCUGGAUGAUAUCAAUUACCAGUAUCAUUAUAAAAUGCUUGACCAAGGUAUUGACUUUCGGAUUGAAGACCCAACAUCAGCUUACAAUUUUUUUUGAAUCACACUCGC